AUGUCACAGUGGAUUGACGAUAUUGAUCUUGAAGAAAGCGGCUCUGAUGCUAAAGAGGAAGAGCCCGAAGAGGAGGAGGAAGAUGGCCCAGCAGCUUGGGAACAAGCUCAAGAAUCCUCAGAAUCCGAAGAAGAGGAAGCAAAGAAGCCAGAACCUGUUAAGCCAGAGCCAGUUAAACCAGAACCUAUUAAGCAAGAAAAGGAAACUUCAGCACCAAAGUCAAAAAUCCAAUAUACAGAAAUGGAAGCUGUUCCAGAACACCAGCGUUCUCCAAUUUGUGUUAUUAUGGGACACGUCGAUACAGGCAAGACAAAGAUUUUAGAUAAGAUUCGUCACUCAAACAUUCAGGACGGUGAAGCCGGUGGUAUCACACAACAGAUCGGUGCUACAUACUUCCCAGAGUCCGAAAUCAAGAGAAGAACACAGUUCUUCAAGGGUCCAUUCAAACUCGAAUACAAUAUCCCAGGUCUUCUUAUCAUUGAUACACCAGGACACGAAUCCUUCUCAAACCUUCGUUCCCGUGGUUCCUCACUUUGUGAUAUCGCUAUUCUCGUUAUUGAUAUCAUGCACGGUGUCGAAAACCAGACACUUGAAUCCCUUCAGAUGCUUGUCUCAAAGAAGGUUCCAUUCAUCAUCGCUCUUAACAAGAUCGAUCGUCUCUCAGGCUGGCAGUCAAAGGACUGGAGAGAAUUCGUUAAUGGCGUCAAAGUUCAGGAUCAGCAUACAAUGGCCCAGUAUCAGAAGGGUCUGCAACGUGUUAUCACCCAGCUUGGUCAGCAGGGUCUUAACGGUGUCCCAUUCAACAACUGGGUCCGUAACAUCUCAACAAAGAUCGAACUUGAAGAUGUUCCAAUCGUUCCAACAUCAGCUAUUACAGGUGAAGGUAUCCCAGAUCUUCUCGCCAUCCUUCAGCUCCGUGCCCACAUCCAGAUGAAGAAUCGCCUUACAUCAAAGAACGAAUUGCAGUGCACAGUUCUCGAAGUUAAGGUCGAACAGGGUAUGGGUACAACACUCGAUGUCAUCCUUGUCAACGGUGUCCUUCACGUCAACGAUAUUAUUGUUUUGGCCGGUAUGAAUGGUCCGAUUGUCAGUCGUAUCAGAGCACUUCUUACACCAGCUCCUCUCAAGGAACUUCGUGUCCGCUCCGAAUACCUCCACCACGACAAGAUCUACGCUGCUAUGGGUUGCAAGAUCUCAGGACCAGAUCUCCAGAGCGCUAUUGCUGGUUCCGAACUUUUCGUUGCCCACAGCGAUGAAGAUGUCGAGAUCCUCAAGAAGCGUGUCGAAGCAGAUAUCACUGCUAUCACAUCUUCUGUCAACAAGAACGAAGAUGGUCUUCUUGUCCAAGCAUCUACACUUGGUUCCCUUGAAGCCCUUCUUUCCUACCUCAAGAGCCAAAACGUCAACGUCGCAGCUGUCGGAAUUGGUCCACUUUACAAGAAAGACAUUCAACAGAUCUUACACAUCGCUCAGGCUAAUCCUAAGUAUGCUUGCGUUCUUUGCUUCAACGUCGAAAUUUCUGCAGAUGCUAAGACAUUCGCUCAACAAAACGAUAUCAAGAUUUUCAGCGCUGAAAUCAUUUACCACCUUACAGACAUGUACGCCAAGUACAUCGAAGACCUCAAGGUCAAGGCUAGAGAAGCUGCCAGAGCUCAGAUGGUUUGGCCAGUCGAAUUCCAGUAUCUCGAGAAGUCUUUGAUUCACAGAUCCAAGCCAAUUAUCAUUGGUAUCAAGGUCCUCGACGGAACACUCAAGAAAGGUACACCAAUCUCCACAAUCGGUGAAAAUGCAAGAUUCAUCGGUACAGUUGAUUCAAUCCAGGUCAACCAGCAGCCAAUCGAAGAGGCAAAGAUCGGCCAGGAAUGCGCUAUCCUUAUCAAAGAUCCAGCAUCAUGGUCUCCAGAAGCAGAUAAGGACUUCCAUCCAAAGGACAUUUUUGUCUCCAAGUUGACAAGACCACUCAUCGAUCUCCUCAAGGAACACUUCAGAGAUGAGCUCGCUCGUGAGGACUGGGAACUCGUCCGCAAGAUCAAGGGUUACCUUAAGAUCAUCUAA